AUGUCAUCCAAUUGCCAUGUGACCACAUUACAGCUGGACUCAGUGAGCCAGGCAGAAUGCCCCUCUGUUCACCUGCUGCCCUGUGAGAUAGAGCAUGACGGGCCUGCAGAGGUGUCCCAGUUCUUCACAGCCACCAUCAAAGACCAAAAACAUGAGAAAACGGUGUCAUUCAGGGGUCGUGGGUUAAAAGGUCAGGAGGUCAGCUGUCCACAGGGCUACACAGGCCUGGUGCUGAGAGAGGUCAACAAAUCAGGCUCUGACCAGGAGGACAGGACUGUGAAGGUGUCCUCAGUGUUCCAUAAAGUCACCUACUGGAACCUCGAGACUUCGCCCAACUCUGAUGACGGCAUCGUCAUGGCAAUGGCCUGGCCGGAUCUGGCAGAAGCGGUGUGUGUGUAA